CCGGAGAGGAACUCCCAGCUCCCGGCGUCCACUCCCGCUUGGCCAGCGCUCACCAUGCGGCCCCUCGUCCUGCUGUGGGGCUGCCUCGUGCUCCCAGGUUAUGAAGCCCUGGAGGGCCCGAAGGAGAUCAGCGGCUUUGAAGGUGACACCGUGUCCCUGCAGUGCACCUACGGGGAAGAGCUGAAGAAGUACAAGAAAUACUGGUGCAGGGAGAGCGGGUUCUUGAUCUCCCGCUGCUCUGGGACUGUCUACUCUGGAGAAUAUGGCCAGGAAGGCAGGGUGUCCGUCCACGACAACCCCUGGCAGCUCAGGUUUGAGGUCACCCUGAGGAACCUCACCCUGAAGGACGUGGGGCAGUACUGGUGUGGGGCCGAAAGAGUGGGCUUCGAUAAGACUUUCUCGGUUUCUUUGCUCGUCUUUCCAGGGACCUCUCCUCACCCGGCAACCUCUCCAUUUGCAAGGACCUCUUCUCACCCAGCAACCUCUCCGUAUGCAGGGACCUCUCCGUAUGCAAGGACCUCUCCGUAUGCAGCAACCCUUCCAAAUGCAGGGACCUCUCCUCACCCAGCAACCUCUCCUCCUGCAGGGAUCUCCCGCCAAGCCACACGGCUAGACUCUACCUCCACAGAGGACACCAGUUUUGUCCCCAUCAGAAGCAGCUCCAAGACCAGGGUGUCCGUCCCAAUGACCCGCAUGUUGGCCCCAGUCCUGGUGCUGCUGGCCCUUCUGCUGGCCACAGGCCUGGCCGCCCUCGGCAGCUACAUGCUCCAAUGGAGGAAGAAAGCUCAACUGGCCACGGAGACACAGAGGAAGGAGAAGGUCCAUCUCUCCCACUUGCCACUGGGGAACAGCGGGGUCCCAGAGUAUGCUGUGAUCGACCUUGCAGGGCCCACUGGGCCUCCUGCCAGCCCCAACGUGGAGAUCCGGUGCCUGAGCCAGACUUCAAAGGAAGACGAAGCCUCGUGGCAGACCCCUGAGGGAGACAUGACCCCAGGCCCUCCCCUCCCCGUGUCUGGGGACGAGCCAGACUUUUCUAAGUUCAUCUCAGUCUAGCCGCCUAACGCCCUCCGUGAAUCUCUGGAAGGGCUGAAUUUGCGCUGACUCAGAUAAGUUUUCUGCUACGGCUUCAGAGUCCUCCUGCCAGAGUCCAGGGCUCUCCUCCACCCUCCCCAAGCUUUCCUCCUGCAUGCCCCAGCUGACCCGGAACGCUUCGUCAGCGCUGGAGCCUGGAGUGGUGGCUUCACGGUUCCAGCUGGAGACGGGGACCUCCCCAAGAUGGUCACAUUCCUGGGCAAAGCGUGCAGCCACUGGACCCUCAAGGGGCCAGGCAGGGCUCAGGGGGUCUGGUCCGAGUUUGUAUCUGCUACAGGAGCUCCUCUGGGCCUGGGUGCCGAGCCAUGGGCCGCUCCUAACUCCCCCUCCAGACCCCGCCUUCUCUUUCCUUCCUUCCAUCCUCAGACGCAAGGUCAAGUUCUCCUACAUAAGCUGGUGAGGAGGAGGGAGACUGCUGGGUUAGACGGGAUUCUGAUUUCUCAAAGCCGGGCUGGGAACCUCCUGCAUCCCAGUCCUUCAGGAAGCUGGUUAAAAAGAUAAUUCCUGGGCCCCAUCAAGAACUACUAAAACGGAACUUCCCUGGUGGUGCAGUGGUUAAGAAUCUGCCUGCCAACACAGGGGACACAGGUUAGAUCCCUGGUCCGGGAAGAUCCCGCAUGCCGUGGAGCAACUAAGCCCGUACGCCACAACUACUGAAGCCCAUGCACGUAGAGCCCGUGCUCCGCAACAAGAGAAGCCACCGCGAUGAGAAGCCCAUGCACCGCACCGAAGAGUAGGCCCCACUCACCACAACUAGAGAAAGCCCGCGCACAGCAACGAAGCCAAAAAUAAUUUAAAAAAAAAAAAAAGAACUACGAAAACCAUCUCUGAGGCUGGGCCUGGGACUCUGCAUUUCUAAAAAGUGCACUGGUGAUUCUAACUCUUGAGUUUGAGCACCAGUGGGCUGGUUGAGCUCUCAGGCCCCUCCAGUUUAGAGAGUCUACAUUUGGUGUGUGGAGUCUCCCCCCUGCCCCCUAUAGGGCCUGCUCUGCCCAUGACACCAUGACCCAGCUGGGGGCUUUCCUGGACCUGCCCGAGUCCAGUCCCAGGUCAAGUGCACAUUGGAAGGGGUGAGCCCAGGACUGGCGGGGAGCGGUUGUCUUUCUGUUCUCCCUACCUAGCCAUGCAUUCCAGGCUUUGGAAGGAGGAUGGAAAAAAGCACGGCUCCUUCCUUGUCAAGAAAGGGUUGAGGGCUUCCCUGGUGGCACAGUGGUUGGGAGUCCGCCUGCCGAUGCAGGGGACACGGGUUCGUGUCCCGGUCAGGGAAGAUCCCACAUGCCGCGGAGCGGCUGGGCCCAUGAGCCAUGGCCGCUGAGCCUGCACGUCCGGAGCCUGUGCUCCGCAACGGGAGAGGCCACAGCAGUGAGAGGCCCGUGUACCGCAAAAAAAAAAAAAAAAAAGAAAAAGAAAGGGUUGACUACCUGUGGGUUCUGAGAGCUGGGGAGGGGGUAGGAAAACACAGGGUGCAGGUGGAGGUAGGUAUCUAAAAGGGAGGAGGGAGGGGACAGGGCAGGACCCUAAGGGGAACCUGACGGUGACCUGGAGUUUGGUCCCCUGGAGUGGGCAGAGGGAAGGUAGGAUAAAAGAACGACUGGGUUUUUGAAAAAUGAACUGGGGGCUGCUCAAUAUACAAAACCUAGAAAGAUGGGGGGAUAAAAGGAAGAAAACAUAUCACCCAUCAUCUCACCACUACCCGAAGACAAAAUCACUGCAAUUUGUUGUAUUUCUUUCCAGUCUUUUUCCUCCACAUCACUUGCUGAUGUGCUUCUACAAAUUAUUUUGUACCUAUAACUUUAUAUCCUGCUUUUCCCACUUAAUUAUUAUAUCAUAACCAUGUUUUUGCAUAAUGUUUUUACAAACCUUUUAUAAAUUAAAUGUUGACCAGCAGCAUAA